UUCUCCCCCCAAUCUCCCUACAUUCUCCCUCCCUGUGUCCGUCUGUCUGUGGCCCCUGCAGGUCAGUACACAGUGAUGAUGUGUCACUUCUAUCUGAAGAGGAAGAUUGGCUAUUUCGUCAUCCAGACCUACAUGCCCUGCUUCAUGACCGUCAUCCUCUCCCAGGUGUCCUUCUGGCUCAACCGCGAGUCUGUCCCCGCCAGGACUGUCUUCGGUGUGACCACCGUGCUGACCAUGACCACUCUUAGCAUCAGUGCCCGUAACUCUCUGCCCAAGGUGGCGUAUGCCACAGCCAUGGACUGGUUCAUAGCAGUCUGUUAUGCCUUCGUCUUCUCUGCUCUCAUCGAGUUCGCUACCGUCAACUACUUCACCAAGAGGAGCUGGGCCUGGGAUGGGAAGAAAGCCAUGGAGGACACACGCAAGAAAAACCCCAUGACUCUGUCCAAGCAGCCUAACAACACCUGUUCAGCCGGGGUCAACUACACUCCCAACCUGACUAAGGACAACGCCGUCUCCACCAUCUCCAACAGCGCAGACAUCCAGCUGAAACUGGCUGAGGUCAAGAACCCGACCCCAAAAGACUUACAACAGCGUCAGCAAGAUCGACAAGAUGUCCCAACAAUGUUUUCCUUUUGUUGUUCUUCUCCUGGCCAGAAAAACCCCAUGACUCUGUCCAAGCAGCCUAACAACACCUGUUCAGCCGGGGUCAACUACACUCCCAACCUGACUAAGGACAACGCCGUCUCCACCAUCUCCAACAGCGCAGACAUCCAGCUGAAACUGGCUGAGGUCAAGAACCCCGACCCCAAAAAGACUUACAACAGCGUCAGCAAGAUCGACAAGAUGUCCCGUAUAGUGUUUCCUGUUCUGUUUGGGACAUUCAACCUGGUUUACUGGGCUACGUACCUCAACAGGGAACCAGUGAUCAAAGGAGCUGUGAACCCCUAUACAUAGAAGGAGAAGGCCAGGGAAGUGGUCUUAAAGGUCCCCUGUUACCUAUGGAGUGCAUUACGUUUGAUCAGAGCACAUAAGGUUAAGGUUUAGAGUUAAGGUUAGGGUUAAGGUUAGGGUUUGAGUUAGGGUUAAGGUCAGGGUUAGGGUUAGG